AGAAAAUGUUAGAGAAAUAAUAUUUCGAAGUUUGCACGGGGCUAGUAUGAAUUUAAACGGAUUUAAUAAUUUAGAAAAAGUGGCUUUUUUUAGUGGAAAUUUCGCUAGUUUAAAUAUUUCUGAUUUGCAAAACUUAAAGGAAAUAGGAUUGUUCUCCAACCAUGCAGCCAGCAUAAAGAUUACUAAUUGCCCCAAAUUAGAAAAAAUUUAUUUACUUGACAAUAAUUUUGUCAAUAUUAAUAUUCAAGAAGAAUAUCAUUCGUUCAAUAGAAGUUCCAACAAGUUGUAUUUGGAAGUCAAA